GUAGGGAGGAGCCGCGCUCGGCCGAGCCUGCCCGGAGCCCCGGCGGCGCCGGGGGAGGCCGGCGCGGAGGGGAAGGGGCCGGCGGCGGAGGAGGAGGCGGCGGCGGCGGCCAAUGCGAAACUGGCUGGUGCUGCUGUGCCCCUGUGCGGUCGGGGUCGCGCUGCACCUCUGGCUGCUGCUCGGCUGCCCCGGCGGCCCCGGGAGGCAGGCGGCAGGUCCACUGGCCUUCUUUCCUCAGUGGAAGUUGAAACAUUAUGAUGUUGUUGUAGGUGUUUUAUCAGCCCGACACAAUCAUGAACUGCGCAGUGUUAUAAGGAACACUUGGUUCAAGCACUUGAAACGACAUCCUGCGCUGAGCCAACGUGUCCUUGUGAAGUUUAUAAUAGGUGCGCAUGGUUGUGCUGUGCCAGUGGAGGACAGAGAAGACCCCUAUUCCUGCAAACUUCUGAACAUCAGUAACCCAGCUUUGAAUCAGGAAAUUGAAGCGUUCAGUCUCCCUGAGGACGUACCUUCUGUGCUAUCUGAGGACAGAAUUGUCAGUGUGAACUUUCGUGUACUUUACCCCAUUGUCAUUACCAGUCUUGGGGUAUUUUAUGAGGCUGAUGGGGUGGGAUUCCAGAGGAACAUCACCGUCAAACUGUACCAGGCGGAACACGAGGAAGCUCUCUUCAGUGCCCGCUUUAGCCCGCCAAGCUGUGGAGUGCAAGUGAACAGGUUGUGGUACAAGCCAGUAGAGCAGUUCAUUUUGCCAGAGAGUUUUGAAGGUACCAUUGUGUGGGAAAGCCAGGAUCUUCAGGGUCUUGUUUCAAGAAACCUUCACAAAGUGACGGUGAAUGAUGGGGGGGGUGUUUUCAGGAUCAUUACGGCAGGGGAAGGGUCAUUGCCACAUGAACUCACAGAAGGUGUGGAGGGUAUAGCAGGUGGUUUUAUCUACACUAUUCAAGAAGGUGAUGCUCUUUUAAAAAGCCUCCAUACUCGCCCAGAAAGGUUUACAAGUCACUUAAAAAGUCUUGAAAGAGAAGAUACUUUACUGAAGGAAGAAAGCAGUACCUACGAUGAUAUUGUUUUUGUAGAUGUUAUUGACACUUACAGAAAUGUUCCAGCCAAACUACUGAACUUCUAUCGAUGGACAGUUGAAACAACGAGUUUUGAUUUGUUGCUGAAGACGGAUGACGACUGUUACAUUGAUUUGGAGGCUGUUUUUAAUAGGAUAAUGCAGAAGAAAUUGGACAAGCCAAACAUUUGGUGGGGAAAUUUCAGACUAAAUUGGGCAGUUGAUCGAACUGGCAAGUGGCAAGAGCUGGAGUACCCAAGUCCUGCGUAUCCAGCCUUUGCUUGUGGGUCCGGCUAUGUCAUCUCCAAAGACAUCGUUCAGUGGCUGGCAAGCAACUCUGAAAGAUUAAAGACUUACCAGGGUGAAGAUGUGAGCAUGGGCAUCUGGAUGGCAGCUAUAGGACCCAAGCGAUACCAAGAUAGUCUCUGGUUGUGUGAGAAGGCAUGUGAGAGUGGUAUGCUGUCUUCCCCUCAGUAUUCUCCCCAGGAACUGAGAGAGCUCUGGAGAGUAAAGGAGCUGUGUGGAGAUCCUUGUAGAUGUGAGGAAGGAUGAGGAACUUGCCUUGGAAAACAGGGUAGCUUGUAAUAAGGAUGGAAAAGUGUACAUCGGGAUUCCUUCUUGGAAUAAUACAGAAUAUUAAGGUAUCUUUUAAUGUUGGGUUUCAACUAAAGCGUAACAAUAUUUGCACAUCCCUUUUGAUAAUUACAAGUGGACUGAUACUAUUCAUUUUCUAUAGUAUAGAUGUUGAUCUGACAAAAACCAAAAUGUUUAAGAUAAACAGUUUCCUUUUUAUAUAAAGUCAAAGACCUACUUGUAAUUAAUAAAUGCACAUACGAAUGCCAACUAGCCUGUUUUUUGUAAAUUAAAGUACUACUGAUUUAACUCUGUAUAGAGCCGUACCAGGAUCCACUGGAGAGCUGUGUUUAGUACCAGGGCAUCUGGUAAGUCUUGCUGCAGCAGGUUCUAUGCAGUUUGAGGGGUUGCUCUCAUCUGUGCAGGGGCUGGGACAGCUAGGGUUUGGGAUUUGUUAGGUUUAGUUUGUUUAUACCAUUAUCACUUUAGAUAUAUAUAUAUAUUUUAAAAAAAUAAAUCCAAGUUUGCUUAUACCAAAUCUUGAAGUACUGCAAACUUAGCCUGACUAAGAGGUUUUUCUGGUAGCUCAGUGUGUUGUUAUGUAUGAAUUUGGUGGUACGCAAGUGAAAGUAAAAUAAGAUUGAGGAACUGCACACUAAAGAAUGUAAACGAAGUAUCAAUGCCUUGCAGUAUACUGAGAACUAACUUAUACUGUGGUAUGUUAACUCUGCAGGUAGAAUUAAGGUUUGUCAGAUUUUGACCUUAAACACUCUAAGGCUGUGUAGAUACUUCUGCAAUUACUGCUGUUUUAUACUUCUUUGC